GCCAAACAGCAAGUUCAACCUAGAAUAUGUUGACCAUGGAAGAUAUUCACGCGUCCGAAGUGUCAACAAAGAAACACAGCCUUUCCAAAAAUGAAUCAGAGCCUUAGAACCUUGUUGUCCUCAAAUUAAACUCAUGUGGGUGCCGGCUCGGGAAGAUCCGAGGACAUUCACAUUUCAAGUCUCUUCUGAAAAUCCAAUAGAAACUAUCUAUUAGCCGAGGGAAAACUUGUUCAGCGCACUCUAGUAUAAUUGCUCUCCGACCGCCGCGAGAUUUCCUUUCCCUUUCCUCUUUUCCUUCCCAACGAAUCGCAAUAACUACGGAUGUGAGUAAAAUUCCUGGAGGCUCCUAUCUUGAUGGAUUUUUAACUGAUUGCAUCCAUAUAGCGACGAUACAGAACAUCUUUGCACUACUAAAAGCUCUUUGCUAACUUCUCGCUGUUAUUUUCUCGCCGUCGUUGUCUCGCCGUCAUUUUCUCACAAUCGUCAUCUCGCAUUCGUCUUCUCAAAGUCUUCCCACCGUCAUAUUCUAACCGCCUUCAUCGUUCACCAUGGCAACCCUUCGUCGCCGCGCUGCUCCCAAGGCUCCCCGCCCCCGCAACAAGGCCAACAUGAAGCUCGACGACAAAAUUGCACGCUGUCCUGGUGGUACACCAGCUUAUCAGCACAGAAAGGAGUUCCUUAAGCAUCGUCCCUCGGUCACCGAGGCCGAAGUCAAGAUGGCGCGUGGCGCCGACUACAAGCCUCUGCGAACCUUCAAGGGCCUCCCGGCUGGGACGAAGAAGCCGGCUCGUCUGAAUCGGGAAGAGUAUUGCAUCAUUCGGGACUGGCGAGUCGCCAAUGGGGUGGCUCCCUUCAGAAAGCCAAAGUUCGAUACCAAGUGGGGUUGGAACCACGAAGACGCGUGGGACGUCUAUUACAUGACCGGUAAAGAUCCAGCCCUCAGUUAGACGGUGGUGGCCUUACGGGCACUGGCGAGGAGAAUUGCCGGCUGUCCCCUCGCUUUAGUAUGCCAUCAAGAUGUAUGUACGUGUACCUAGUAGGACUGUACGAACGGUACGUAUCGCUCGCUUGGUGGAGGAACGGGCAGGGUCUAGUGCGAUUCUUUGGGGAUUCUAGUAAUGCGAAGCA